GGCCGGUCCUCUGCCCCCGCCCUCCCGCCCUGCCGCCGCUGCGGAGGGCUGCGCGGCCAGCCGCGCCUCCCGCCGCCGGGGCCUCCCCGCAUGGUCCCCGCCGCUGCCAUGAGCCAGGCCCCGGUCCCCCGCGGCGCUGACCCGCCGGAGAGCGAUGCCCGCAGCGGGGCCGCCAGCCGCGGCUCCGGCCGAGGGAUGCCGCCGCCGCCCAGCCUGCCCCAGCUCCUCCACAACGCUGCCAAGCUUCUGGAGAAGAGUCCGUUCUCCGUCGGCACCCCGAGCCCCCUGCUCCCCUCGCCGGCGAGCCUGCAGCUGGCGCAGCUCCAGGCGCAGCUCACGCUCCACAGGCUGAAGUUGGCUCAGACCGCCGUCACCAACAACCCGGCCGCUGCCACCGUCCUCAACCAGGUGCUUUCCAAAGUCGCCAUGUCCCAGCCGCUCUUCAACCAGCUGAGGCACCCCACUGUGAUGAACACCCCGCAGGGCCACAGCACGGGGCCACCGCAGGGACCUGGCAUCGCCGGCACUGGGUUCCCCUCCGGCGGCAUUGCCUUUCCUGGCCAGAGCCCAGCCUUAGCCACGCCGGGGGGCAGCCUGGGGCCCGUCCAGGCCCAGACUCCCAACGCCAUCGUCAUGAGUCCCUUCGGAGGCGUCAUGGCUUCCGGCUCCAGUCAGCAACCUGUGGUGGUGGGUCUUAACAAGGUGGGUGCCUCCACCUCCGCUGCUGCAGCUGCUGCGGGGGGCUUUUAUGAGUACAACAAGCAAAACACCGCUGCCGCCACCCCUCAGACGUACGCCUCGGAGGGGGAGCAGCCCAGCCAGCAUGGCUUCCACGGCAGCGGGGCCCACGCAGCCUCCUCGGCAGCAGGGCCGCGCUAUGAGGGUCACUUCGGGGCUCCCGGCCCGCUGCAGCACGAGGCGGCGGCGGGCGCCUUUCCCAAGGAGGCCUAUGGGGCGGUGGCAGCAGCACAGCAUGGGGCACCGCGGGCCUUCCCCAGCGACCCGCACACAGGCUCCCAUCCGAAAGGAGAUCCCGGCCCCGUCUUGCAUGGCAGCGGUACAAGCAACCAGUGGGAAAAUAUCCCUAAUUUCCCCGGCCAAAACAAGCCUGACCUCGUGCCCAGCGACAGCCUGUGGUCGUCAGCAAGUCAGCAGCAGUAUGAAAUAAGAAACGAGCUCUACAACCCUGAAGAGCCGACACCUGACACAAAGUUCAGCGCGGCUGCCCCCCCCGCCUUCGGCCGCCUCAACCACAGCAAGCAGAGCUUCAGCAGCCCUCGCAUGAGGCAGAAAGAGGAGCGGAGUGGCGGCGCGCCCGACCUGCCCGCCCGCUCCCUGCCGCCGCACCAGCUGGGCGACCUCCGCAGCACAGCCCCCCUCCACUUCCCCCACAUCUGCACCCUGUGCGACAAGAAGAUCUUCGAUCUGAAGGACUGGGAUCAGCACAUUAAGGGAAGUCUUCACAUCCAAAAAUGUAUGGCUUUUUCUGAUAACAUUGGUGUCCGAUGUGUGUUAAGCUCAGCAGAUGGAACAUUGCAUUUAUCACCAAAUAAUGCAGCAGUUUUCAAUCCAUCUAGUAUCGAAGAUUAUCCACCAAAUGUCGGCGCAUCUUUUAUCACUACGUCAGCAAGAUCCUUUGGCCAGCCAGGUCCUACAUUUUCUUCUCCUCCAUCAGGGUUUCCCCAAAGGAAAUCUACACUGGGUCGAGUUGUUCACAUCUGCAACCUCCCCGAGGGAAGCUGCACAGAGAAUGAUGUCAUUAACCUGGGCCUCCCAUUUGGGAAGGUCACCAACUAUAUCCUCAUGAAAUCCACUAAUCAGGCCUUUCUGGAAAUGGCUUACAGUGAAGCAGCCCAAGCCAUGGUACAGUACUACAAAGAAAAACCUGCUAUGAUAAAUGAUGACAAGUUACUUAUUAGGAUGUCUAAAAGAUACAAGGAAUUGCAGCUGAAGAAACCAGGUAAGAAUGUGGCUGCUAUCAUCCAGGACAUUCAUUCACAGAGGGAGAGGGACCUGCUGCGUGAAGUGGACAGCAGGUAUGGCACGGAGAGGCCCCGCUCUCGCAGCCCCAUAAGCCGCUCCCUGUCGCCCCGUUCCCACACUCCCAGCUUUACUUCCUGCAGUUCACCCCACAGCCCAAUGGGGACUGGCAGGACCGACUGGGGAAAUGGGAGAGAGUCGUGGGAUCAGUCCCCGUAUUCUCGACGGGAAGAGGAAAGAGACAGCAGAGAAUGGCGAGAGAAUGGGGAUGAGAAGAGGGACAGGACUGACACAUGGGUACACGAGAGGAAACAUUAUUCCCGACAGCUGGACAAGUUUGAUUUGGAUGAACGGAUUGAAGGAGGCAGAGGGCACAGAGAAAAAUACUUACGGAGUAGUUCCCCUGGCUCCCUUCACCCUUUAUCUGGCUACAAGAGCAGGGAAGAUGACUAUUACCGAAAAACCUCCAAGUCAAAAUCUGAAAAGUUUCAGAGGCAGGUGCAGGAUUUACCUGGGAGAUCUAAGAGAAAGGAAGAAGCAAAGUUAAGGGAACGCAGGCAUUCUUACAGUGAGGACACUGCCAGGGAGGAGGUGGCUGAACAGAAGCACAGCAAAGCAUCUGAGGGCUCCAGGCAAAAACAAAAUGAUAAGAAUAAGGUGAAGAAAACUGAAAAAGACCAAGAAGAAGAUGCUGCUACUGAAGGCAGCGAUGUGAAGGAAACCAAACCUGCUGAGAAUGAGCUUGGAAAAGAGGAGCAAGUUCCAGAGAAGAGCUCACCUUCAGCUAAUAAACAAGGAAAAGAAUCUGGAGAGAUUUUUGAAAACACCAGAAAAGAGAAGGAUCGAGACUGGGAGAGUGGAAGUGAGGUAGAGGGUGAGACCUGGUAUCCUGCUAACAUGGAGGAAUUAGUAACAGUAGAUGAAGUGGGAGAAGAUGAUUUAAUCAUGGAGCCUGAUAUAACUGAGCUUGAAGAAAUAGUACCAGUUGAUCAAAAAAAUAAAACUGCUUCAGAAAUGUGUCUCUGUAUGUCAAACAUGUUAGAACUGAAAAAUGAUCACAGCUGCUUAACCAGGAGUGAAGACAAAUUUGCCCAUAAAGCUUUAGAAACAAACUUCAGAUCAGCAAAGGGCAGUGUAGCUUCUAGCGGCUGUCGGGAUGAUGAUGAGGAUGAUGAUAAUGAUGAUGCUGUAACUGAAGCAUCAAGCCUAAAUCUGGACCCUGAGCAGAAGCCAGAGGAAUUGCAAGAAGACCAAUCUGCUAAGGAGUCUGAUCCCCAGCAGAAGGAAGGAAAAAUUGAUAAGAGCUCCGACACUCGUUUAGAGCUCGAAGAUCACCAUAUACCUUCUGUUCAUCUGAAAGAAGAGACUCUCCAGCUCCCUGACACAUUUAUAGAUGAUUACAAACAGAUGGGAUCACAAGGAGCUGAGAGCAGAGAAGUUAUGGAAAUGCUUGUUAAAAACACUAGUGAAGAAACAAGACCUGGAAGCCAAGAGAGUCCAGAGGCCAAGGCAAAUUCUAGGUACUUGGAAAUGAGAUCUCUGGAAUACCCGGAGGUAGAGCCUAAAAGAAGGCACUCUCUGCCAGGCUGGGAACAAGAGGAUGUCUUCACCGAGCUCAGCAUCCCCUUGGGUGUGGAAUUUGUGGUGCCUAGAACUGGGUUUUAUUGCAAGCUCUGUGGACUCUUCUAUACAAAUGAAGAGACAGCAAAGACAAGUCACUGCAGAAGUACUGUUCACUACAAAAAUCUUCAGAAGUAUCUGUCCCAGCUUGCAGAAGAGAGCCUGAAAAUGAAGGAAGAAGGCAGCCAUCUGCCUCAGGAUGACACUGGCAUUGUUCCUCACUUCACGAAGAAAAAACUAUGAUGCAGAUGAACUGGAAG